AUGGAGGAGGCUGGGUGGCAGCCGGAGAAGGCCCUGGCGGAGGAGGCUUCGCCCAGGGCCUCUGACAUCGUCAGCUUUGCCAGCAGCUGCACGCUCCAUGGCAUUGGCCACAUCUUCUUGCCAGGGCGCUUCACGCUGCGCCGCUUGGCUUGGGCCGGGGCCGUCCUGGCUGCGGUGGGCAUCUUCCUGUACCAGGUGGGCGAACGGGUCCAGUACUACCUCGAGUAUCACCACGUCACCACGCUGGAUGAGGAAGAGGGCAAGCUGCUGGUCUUCCCGGCAGUCACCCUGUGCAACUACAACCGCGUCCGCCGCUCCCGGCUGACCCGCAACGACCUGCACUGGCUGGGCCAGGAGCUGCUCGGAGUGGAGCCGCCCGACUACCCCGACUACCUGCGAGCCCUGGGCUGGCGGGACACGGAGGCCAGCCCACCGGGCUUCUUCCCCACCCGCAGCUUUAACAUGCUGGAUUUCUUCCAGCGCACCGGCCACGACCUGGAGGGCAUGCUGCUGGACUGCCGCUUCCGCACCCGGGAAUGCGGCCCCGAGAACUUCACCACUAUCUUCACCCGCUUGGGCAAGUGCUACACGUUCAACUCUGGGGCUCCUGGCCACGAGCUCCUGACCACAGUCAAAGGCGGCACGGGCAACGGCCUGGAGCUGAUGCUGAACAUCCAACAGGACGAGUACCUGCCCGUCUGGGGUGACACAGAGGAGACAUCCUUUGAGGCGGGGGUGAAGGCGCAGCUCCACAGCCAGGAGGAGCCCCCGUCCAUCGACCAGCUGGGCUUUGGCGUGGCCCCUGGCUUCCAGACAUUCGUCUCUUGCCAGCAGCAGCGGCUCCUCUACCUCCCACCCCCGUGGGGCGACUGCAAAUCUGGGCCCAUCGAGUCCGCCUUCUUCUCCAACUACAGCCUGGCCGCCUGCCGCAUUGACUGCGAGACCCGCUACCUGGCUGAGAACUGCAAUUGCCGCAUGAUGCACAUGCCAGGUAACGCCAACAUCUGCACCCCAGAACAGUACAAGGAAUGUGCUGAUCCUGCACUGAAUUUCCUGGUCGAGAAGGACGACAAGUACUGCAUGUGCCAGACGCCCUGCGAGACAGUGCGCUUCAGCAAGGAGCUCUCCGUGGUGAAGAUCCCCAGCAAGGCCUCUGCAAAAUACCUGGCCAAGAAAUAUAACCGCAGCGAACAGUACAUCAUGGAGAACCUCCUGGUGCUGGACAUCUUCUUUGAAGCCCUCAGCUACGAGACCAUCGAGCAGAAGGCGGCCUACGAGGUGGCAGGCCUGUUAGGGGACAUCGGGGGCCAGAUGGGGCUGUUCAUCGGGGCCAGCCUGCUCACCAUCCUGGAGAUCUUCGAUUACCUGUACGAGGUGCUGCGGGAGAAACUGCUCGGCUUCUACCAGGGCAGGAAGCAGGCAGGGGACAGCGACAACCUGGUAAAGGGGCAGGGGCUUUGA